UCGCGCGCGCGGACGGACUCCCCGCGAGUUAAAUUAUUUAGGCUUCGUCUCGAGACAAGCUAGCUUAGCGCAUCCGAAUCCAACGUACUAUACUCGACCCAACCCAUAUCGCUCCUUGUUCCUGCCUGCCUAGUGCCUCCUCCCACCCACCUCUUGGACUUUGUUCCCGGCCGUGCACGCGACGCGAGCGAGCUCCUUCUCCUUCCUUUCUUCCUCCCCCCCGUCUCCCCCUGCGAUUCUUCAGGAUAUGGAAGUCGAAUACCAUGAGGAGUUCGUGAGGAACUCGAGCGGGGUGCAGCUCUUCACCUGCGGAUGGCUGCCCGCCGCCGCAUCGCCAAAGGCGCUCGUCUUCCUCUGCCACGGUUACGGCAUGGAAUGCAGCGGCUUCAUGAGAGCUUGCGGGGUGCGGCUUGCGGCGGCGGGGUACGGCGUGUUCGGGAUGGACUACGAGGGGCACGGCAAGUCCAUGGGCGCCCGCUGCUACAUCCGCAGCUUCAGACGCCUCGUCCAAGACUGCGAGAGAUUCUUCAAGUCCGUCUGCGACCUUGAAGAGUACAGGAGCAAGAGCCGGUUCCUCUACGGCGAGUCCAUGGGCGGCGCCGUGACGCUCCUGCUGCACAGGAACGACCCCACCUUCUGGGAUGGCGCCGUUCUCGUCGCGCCCAUGUGCAAGAUAUCGGAGAAGGUGAAGCCGCACCCGCUGGUGAUCGCUGCCCUGACGCAGGUGGAGGACGUAAUACCCAAGUGGAAGAUUGUUCCGACAAAAGACGUUAUUGACGCCGCCUUCAAGGACCCCGCCAAGCGUGAACAGAUCAGGAAGAACAAGCUGAUCUACCAAGACAAGCCCCGGCUCAAGACAGCGCUCGAGAUGCUGAGGACCAGCAUGUACGUGGAGGACAGCUUGUCGCAGGUGAAGCUGCCGUUCUUGGUCCUGCACGGCGAGGCCGACACGGUCACGGACCCGGAGGUGAGCCGCGCGCUGUACGAGCGCGCCGCCAGCACGGACAAGACCAUCAAGCUCUACCCUGGGAUGUGGCACGGCCUCACCGCCGGCGAGCCCGACGAGAACGUCGAGGCCAUCUUCUCUGACAUCGUCGUGUGGCUCAGCGACCGGAGCCGCAGCUGGACGCCUGAGGACCGUCUGAUGAAGAUGAUGGCGGCGCCCGACAAGCUCGUCGUUGAUGGCGAGAACAGCACUGGAAACGUCGAGUCGCGCCCUCGGCGGCAGAGGCGCAGGGGCUUCCUCUGUGGUCUCACCGGCCGGACACAUCGCCACUCAGAAAUAUGUGAUGUAAAGAUAUAGUGCUACAAGACUUCUCAUCAGUUGUGUGCACCUAGAACCAAUGGCCAAUAAGGAAGUAGCGAUGCUUGUGUAACAUCCGUGUAAUAUAACCAGGCAGACAAAUCAUUCCCCUUCAAUCACCCCCAUUGCCGUUUGCUCAACAGAUAAAUAAAUCUCUAGUUCCAUUGCAGUUUUAAAGCAAA